GCAUCAAGUGCUCAUUGCAACUUCAACUCCUACCACCUUCACAACUUCAAUAUCACCUAAAACUUUCUUUAAAGAAAACCAAAAUGAUUAAAAUUCAAUCUCUAUUGUCCUUCUCACUUGCAAUAAUAGUUUCCCUCUUGUUUUCCACCACCACUACUUUAUCUCAACUAUCACCUGCUACUGCUCCUAUACAACCUACACUACCAGCUCCAACCACACCUGCUGCAGCUCCUAAACCAUUGGUACCUUCAUUACCAGAGUCACCUAGUGAUUCCACCCCUGACACUGCAGGCACUGUUGACAUCGUCGGAAUCCUGAGAAAGGCGAAGGCAUUCAAUGUCUUCAUUCGACUCAUGAAAACAACUCAAUUGAUCAACCAACUCAAUUCACAACUAUUGGCUACAAAAACAGGUGGAUUAACUAUUCUUGCACCAGAUGACAGCGCCUUUUCAGGACUCAAAGCAGGAUUCCUCAACUCUCUUUCUGAUGGACAGAAACUCGAGCUGUUACAAUUCCAUGUUAUUUCAGACUAUGUAUCUAGCUCUAACUUCGACACAUUGACAAACCCUGUGAGAACACUUGCUGGAGAUAAACCCGGAAAGGUAGAACUGAAUGUGGUAAGUUACGGUGGAAGUGUGAACAUAUCAACAGGGGAAGUGAACACGACAAUCAAUGGCAUUGUAUAUACCGAUAAGCGUCUUGCUAUUUAUAAAGUUGGUAAAGUGCUUCUUCCUAUGGAUUUCUUUUCCGUUGCUAAGGCACCGGGGAAGGCACCAUCUUUGGCACCAGAACCUUCAACCGAUUCCGCAAAGGCGCCUAAACCCGAUAAAGAUACAUCCUCAGAUUCGUCGCAGGUAAUUAAUCCAACUGAAGACAAGUCUAGCUCCGUGAAGAUUGUGUAUGGAAAGUUCGUGUCACUUGGACUUGUAUUAGCUUUUGUGAUGAUCAUGAUGCAAACAUGAUAUUGAAACAAGUGGAUAUGCUGAUGAGCUUCAUUUUCAGAAACAUGCACCUUCUGUUACAUUUUAUUGGUUUUUCUUGUUUUUGGAGGUUUGCGUGAUUAUUUAUCUUACAGUAUUUAUAUUUAAUUUUCUUCUACACGAGCACUGUUUUGUACAAGUUAUUAAAAUAUGAGAGGUGCUAUAUGUCACGAAGACUUUCCUCGCCAAUGCUCUUGUUCGACUACUACCAACAUCCGUGUCUUGUAACACUUGUUUGAUGUUCAUCAUCCUUGUGAUUCUUUUUUUUUUUAAA